CACCCACCCCGCAACUGCAGCUCAUCCUCGAGGGCGGAGAGAGGUGGUAUUUGAGUCCUCCGGUAUCCCAGCAGGCAGUGCAGCCUAGAGAUGCUGACAAAGGACCGGAGGGAGCAAUCGCAGCUGCUUUCCGAGGAGCCGGUGUUGCCGAGAUUGCCAAAAUGCUUUGGAGUUUUUAACUGAUUUUUAAGAAAAACCCCAAAUAGAUUUGAGACUGUAAAAACCGACGCCUCAGCGAGGGGGAUUUAGUGCCAAUGCAUCAACAAAAAAGACAGCCAGAGUUAGUGGAAGGAAAUCUUCCUGUCUUUGUGUUUCCCACAGAGCUAAUAUUUUAUGCAGAUGACCAGUCAACACAUAAGCAAGUGUUGACACUCUAUAAUCCCUAUGAGUUUGCCUUGAAGUUCAAAGUUUUGUGUACUACUCCAAAUAAGUAUGUUGUCGUUGACGCUGCAGGUGCAGUAAAGCCUCAGUGUUGUAUGGAUAUUGUAAUUCGUCAUAGAGACGUCAGAUCCUGUCACUAUGGUGUAAUAGACAAAUUCCGUCUCCAAGUUUCCGAGCAAAGCCAGAGGAAGGCUUUAGGAAGGAAAGAGGUUGUGGCUACUCUUCUCCCGUCCGCAAAAGAACAACAAAAGGAAGAGGAGGAAAAAAGAAUAAAAGAACAUUUAACGGAAAGUUUAUUUUUUGAGCAGUCGUUUCAACCAGAAAACAGAACUGCCUCCUCAGGACCUAGUUUACUGACUGUCUUCCUGGGAGCGGUGUGUGUUGCAGCUCUGAUGCUUCCCACGCUGGGGGAUGUGGAAUCGCUGGUGCCUCUCUACCUCCACUUAAGUGUGAAUCAAAAAUUAGUGGCUGCUUAUAUCUUAGGUCUUAUCACAAUGGCUAUAUUUAGAACAUGAACAAGGAGUUCAGUUGACUUCUGAAGUACAUUUAUCUUGAAAAUAUGAAUGUGGACUGCCUUUUAUCUCUAUUUCACCCCAUUAACAUGCUACAAACUAUUGAAUGAUUUACAAUCAUUGCAAAUGUAUAAUAUAUAUUUUAAAUUACUCUAUAAUUUUAUUCCAAGGACUCCAGCACAUUAUGUUACAGAUAGCAAGAAGGCUUCUGAGUGACACUUAGGAAAUUAUUUGAAGAAAUUCUUUUUAUAUCUAAGCCAGCCAUGCAAAAGACUUUAAUUAAGACAUUUGUUAUUUUCUCAUCCUUUUUCUAAUUCACUUUGAUUGUUGCAGUCAUGUGUCCUUCAAAGUUAAAGGCCUAAAAGAUCAAACUGACCAGCCUAAAAGUAAAGUACAUUUACUUCCUAGGUACGAACAUCAAUGUUCCUAUGUAAACUAUGCCUUGUCCUCUAUCAUUAUAAACAGUUGCCAUGGUGUUUCUAAAAUACAAGUUUUACAGUUAAUAUGUAGAGAGUAAUAAAAAGCAUAAAGUACUGAGGGAUCAUGCUUAUCUUAGUCUCUCACAGAAGACAUAUUUAAUUCAUUUGAUGAACUGCAGAAUAGGUUGUGGUCCAGCCACCAAGAAGUAGGGUGACCAUUCUAUUUGGUCUAAGAAUUCUAAAGGAAGGUAGACAUUUGUUUAGUUACUUGGUACACCCUAGCUUUACCUCUGGAUAAUGCUUUAUGUUAAUAGGAGGAAAAAUCACUUAUCUUUUCUCCAUAACCCUCUGCCUGACUGUAAGGUACUAGCCCAGAUUGGGGCUACCAAUGCCAGGUGGUUUAUGUGGAGAUAAUUUUUCACCUUUAAACUCUAAGCCAAGUAUCAAUAUAAAAAAUCCUUGAUAUCUGUCUAUUUUAUACCAGUCACUGAGACAUUUUUAAGUUGUAUUUAUAAGUUUGUAUUUAUUAUUAAAACAACUUUACCAAAAAAGUCCCCUGAAGCACAACUAUUUACAUUUCUUUAUAGCCUCUUCUAAUCUCUAACAUAUAUAUGCAGUUUUAACUGUUAGUGUUGUAGUAAUUGAUCUUUUGACUUAGGAUUUUUAUCUGAGAGCACAAUGCAUUGAGUCUCUUGAAAAUCAUGUUCCAGAUCUUUUUACAGAAUGAAUUUAUGCACUGCUACUGUAGUAUUCUCAAGGAUAAACACAAGAUGUAUACCUGAUGUUGGUUUUUGCAGGAAACAGUACUUUGCUUCUAAAGUCAAAGCUUUUAUGUAUACUCUUUCAUAGAAAAUAUUCAUUGUUUAACCAUUUGGGGAGCAUAAAUCAUUAAAUGGAUCAUGUCUGUACAUUGUGUAAUGACUAAAAAGCACAUAAAUGUAAUCUAUUUUGAACUUUGUAAAAAAAAAAAUUACCCUUGUGUUUGAAGUGAAGUCACUCAGUUGUGUCCGACUCUUUGCUUCCCCAUGGACUGUAGCCUGCCAGGCUCCUCUGUCCGUGGGAUUUCCCAGGCAAGAAUACUGGAGUGGGUUGUCAUUUCUCUUCUCCAGGGGAUCUUCCCGACCCAGGGAUCAAACCUGGGUCUCCCGCAUUGUAGGCAGAUGCUUUACCAUCUGAGCCACCAGGGAAGUCUGUGUUUGAAGGUUAUCCUUCUUGUUUCUCUGUCCAUCUCAAAUCGUGUGUGUGUGUAUGUGUGCGAGUGCAGGCACACAUGCGCGCCUGUGUGCGUGUGAUCACACACUGUAAAGAACAAAAAUUACUUUAAAAAAUAAAAGAGAAUGGAGACC